AUGGCAGUUGUUCAAGGAAAACUGUUCAUAUUGGUACACGUGGACAAGCAUCGAGAUGUGAUGGGAGAGAUAUGCUCGAAAUUGGUUACUGACUAUGGAGUGCCGGUUUCGAUUUGUGAUGAUAUCCAGAAAGUGUGUCCAAAGUGUUUAUCGACCACGGAAUCGUUGAAAUCUGAAAUAGUCACAGUCUCGACAACAACAAAAUCAGCGAGCCAAAGUUCUGAUGAACACCAUGAUGAAAUAAUAGUUUCUCCAAAAGUCUUUCCGCAAACUGUUCCACAAAAGAAUCCACCAGCUCCUCCAGUCCAGCAAAAAACGGUUCCAAUUGCUCCUCGAGUUGCUCCUCUUCUUCUACUCCCGCCUUCAAAGGGACCUCCUCAACAACAAAGAAUGGCACCCAUUGUACAAAAAGUUGUGAUAGCCCCUCCUGUACCCAAAGUGACACAAAUUGCACCGAAGCUUAACCCAGUACCACCGAAACCUGUAUUAAAUCCUCCAGUUCUGAUAAAACCGGCAAAUGGAUAUCAGGCUACAGUUGCACAGAAUGGCGUUGUGAAACGGAAGGAGUCUCCAGUUCGAAGUCUGCCGGAAGUUAUUCCUGAAAAGAAAAUUCGCAUCGAGGAAACUCCGAAAAUUAAAUCAGAAGAGAUUGCAUUUGAUGAUGAUGACGAAGAUCAAGAUGUUGUUGAUACUGAAGAGGAGGCGGAGUUUAUGAAACAAAUGCUGAUGAAAGCACUCCAAUCACAACAAAAUGACGACUACAGAAGGGACAGCAGUGAUGAAGGAGCAUCGAACUCCAGUAAUCUUUAUGAUGCGGAUGACGAUGAUUUUAAAGCCGGCGCCUGGAAUCCCGACUUGCUCACCAGUUUCAUAACCUCACAGCCAGCUAUUUUCAGUGCGACUGCUCAAGAAUCUAACCGAUCUCCAUCAUCUGGUUCGAGUAGUGGCACAACGGGAAAGCGACAAGUUCCUCCAAUGCUGACGGUGAAUGGAAAAACGAGGCGAGGAAGAAUUGUUUACACUACGCAUGAGCUGAAUAUACUUGAGAAGUAUUAUGAAGAAGAUCCGAAUGCUUGUGCUGAUCCGAAGAAAAGGGAAACAAUGUGCAAAAUGCUAUCAAUUGAUUAUCACAGACUAAAAGUAUGGUUCCAAAACCGACGGCGGAAGGAUAAAGUCAAGUCUCAAGAAGAUGUAACAAUCAGCUUCAAUGGCUAUUCUCCAUAA